CUGCUCGUCCCUCCCCUCGCCGCCCCUCCUCCUCCCGCGUUCCCCGGGCUGCAGCCCGCUCCGCCGGCGGCUCCGCGGCUGCCCCUCGCCCGUCAUGGCUGCGAGCGCGCCGCUGCUGCUGCUGCUGCUGCCGCCGCUGCUGCGCGGCUGCGGGGCCGCGCCCGAGCCGCCCGAGCCGCCCGAGCCCGAGCCCGAGCCGCCCGCGCUGCCCGAGUCGGCGCUGCUGCAGCCCACCGUGCUGCUCGCCAUCCUCGCCCGCAACGCCGCGCACACGCUGCCGCACGUCCUGGGCUGCAUCGAGAGGCUCAGCUACCCCAAGAGCCGCAUCGCGCUCUGGGCAGCCACUGACCACAACAUUGACAACACCACAGCAAUCCUCAGGGAGUGGCUGAAGAAUGUGCAGCACCUGUACCAUGAUGUGGAGUGGAGGCCCAUGGAGGAACCUGUCUCUUACCCAGAAGAGAUUGGCCCCAAGCACUGGCCCACAUCCCGAUUCACCCACGUGAUGAAGCUGCGGCAGGCUGCGCUGCGCGCUGCCCGGGAGAAGUGGUCAGACUACAUCCUGUUUGUUGAUGCAGAUAAUUUACUGACCAACCCACAGACCCUGAACCUGCUGAUAGCAGAAAACAAGACCCUGGUGGCCCCGAUGCUGGAGUCCCGCUCCCUCUACUCCAACUUCUGGUGUGGCAUCACUCCCCAGGGCUACUACAAGAGGACCUUGGAGUAUCCCCUGAUUCGGGAGUGGAAGAGGAUGGGCUGUUUUGCUGUGCCCAUGGUCCAUUCCACGUUCCUCAUUGACCUGAGGAAGGAGGCUUCUGCCAGGCUGGCAUUCUACCCCCCCCACCAGGACUACACCUGGAGCUUUGAUGAUAUCAUGGUCUUUGCCUUCUCCAGUCGCCAAGCAGGAGUCCAGAUGUUCCUCUGCAACCGUGAGCACUACGGGUUCCUUCCCAUGCCCCUGAAGCCGCAGCAGUCGCUGCAGGAGGAAGCUGAGAAUUUUGUGCACACCCUGAUCGAGGCCAUGAUCGAUCGCCCUCCCGUGGAGCCCUCCCAGUACAUCUCUGUCCCACCGAAGCACCCUGACAAGAUGGGCUUUGAUGAAAUUUUCAUGAUCAACCUGAAGCGUCGCAAGGACCGGCGGGAUCGGAUGCUGAGGACGCUCUACGAGCAGGAGAUUGCAGUGAAGGUAGUGGAGGCUGUGGAUGGAAAAGCACUGAACACGAGUCAGCUCAAAGCUCUCAGCAUCGAAAUGCUGCCGGGGUACCGGGACCCCUAUUCCUCCAGGCCCCUCACCAGAGGAGAGAUUGGCUGCUUCCUGAGCCAUUACUACAUCUGGAAGGAGGUGGUGAGCAGGGGCCUGGAGAAGACCCUGGUGAUUGAGGACGACGUGCGCUUCGAGCACCAGUUCAAGAGGAAGCUGCUGAAGCUGAUGGACGACAUCGAGCAAGCCCAGCUGGACUGGGAGCUGAUCUACAUUGGGCGGAAGAGGAUGCAGGUGCAGGAGCCCGAGCGCGCCGUGCCCAACGUGCGGAACCUGGUGGAAGCUGAUUACUCCUACUGGACCCUGGGCUAUGCCAUCUCCCUCCACGGGGCCCAGAAGCUCAUUGGGGCCGAGCCCUUCAGCAAGAUGCUGCCUGUGGAUGAGUUCCUGCCCAUCAUGUACAACAAGCACCCUGUCACGAAGUACAUGGAGUACUACGAGUCCAGAGACUUGAAGGCCUUUUCAGCAGAGCCCCUGCUCGUUUACCCCACGCACUACACGGGGCAGCCAGGCUACCUCAGUGACACAGAGACCUCCACCAUCUGGGACAACGAGACCGUGUCCACGGACUGGGACAGAACGCACUCCUGGAAGUCGCGGCAGCAGGGCCAGAUCCACAGCGACGCCCAGAACAAGGACGCGCUGCCCACCUCCCUGGACACGCCCUCAGGCAGGGAUGAGCUAUGACUGCCACCUCCUGGGACCUGAACAGCUGAACCUGCCUCACACGUUAGCUUCUCACCCUUGGAAGUUGUAGAGCAGCUCUUCACGUGGUCUCCUUGCCGCCUUGCCACGGGCCGCGCGGGGCUGGGCUGCCCAGGCGCCGAGGACGGGGUGGGACAAGGAGGAGGAACAAGAGUUUUAGAUCCAAGCAAAAGCCCUGGCAAGCUUUUGUUAGAAGAAACCAGCCUGGAAUUACAUCCUUCCACAGUUCCUUGUGUAGAACACUGUAUUUAUUAAGAUUAAUAUAUAGAGGUGUACAAAUGUCAGUGCCUUUUGGGAUGGCUGUACCUGGGCUGCUGCCUCACUGUUACUCCUUGUAGGUCUGUAGGCUUUUACCACCCUGUUUGCUGAGCAUCUGGGGGAUUUGGGGUUGGUUUCCAAAGGGAUCCCUAGCAGAAUCAAGAUGUUUCCCCAAAAUGAAGAAUGCAGGAGAGCAGUGCUCCUCUGUCAUGUCUUCUCCCUGUCACACUCCUGUACAAAACCAGUGCUGGCUUCCCAUCAGCUCCUUUUUAAUCUUGCUGCAUCCCAUCUAAACAGGCCUCUGGAUCCAGAAUGGAUGUCUUGGAAUGUCUGAAGUCACGGAAGCCAUGCAAGAGGAAGUGGCUGGAUAGAUUUGUCUCUGCACUGCCUGAAGGGAAUGCAGGCAGAGUUGGUCCAUGUCACAUCCUGCUUCACCCCCACCUCAACUUGGUUCUUCAGGAAAACAAAACCCCACAACCUUUUGGCAGGCCUGUUCAUUUAGGCCAUAAAAGCAAGUGUAGGAGUUUUGGGAACUUGAAAUACAAGAAGUUAGGUUACAGACUCUCUUUAUAAAACCAAAAGAGCCUACAGCAAUGUUACUCUCAACAGCCUAAUAGAAUUGUGUGUUGCAGGACGGAAAGGCAACUUGCCUGGAUAUUUUUUCAUGUGAGGAGCAAACUUUUCUGUGUUUUGGAUGAGUUCUGAUGUUUUUGCUGUUGGCUCACAUGCCAGCAGGAUAUGGUGUUUAUUUUUUUUAAAAAAAACUUUUCUCAGAGGCCAGGUGAUCAUGGACUGUACUGGCACAGACCCUGAGCUUCUGGGCAGUGGGAGGAUUCUCUCCUGGAAUUGCCAUCUGGGGACUCACCUGCUGGCAGAUCUGUGCAUUGAGUAUGUGUGGCUGGGGUUUUGGUUUUAAUUUUUGUUUGAUUUGAAUAAUUGCUGAUCAAUGUUGUGCUUUCUGCUGCAGAAGACAUGUUAUUACCUGUCAGCCGGUCUGAUAAUACAUAGAACCUGGUGCAAGAUGA